UCAGUUACUGGCGUGAGCUCCUUUCACUCACGAUCUUCGAGUUCCCGGUCGACAAUGGUGUCGGCGAAGGGCAAAGAAGUCGCCGGAAAGGAAUUGCCGGCAAAGAGGAAGCGUGGGAACGGCGACAACACCGGAGGUCUACGAAGGAAACGGAAGAAUCGCGGUGUUCUUCAGUUCUUCGACGACGCAGCCUACGAGAUCGACGAGGACGAAGGCAGCGAUGAUAGCGAUUUCGACGAUGUCUUCCUGGAAGAUGAAUUUAAAACACAGUUUGACAAUGUAACUGGGAAAGCUCAUGCCCUUCCAUUUUUACCUAAAGAGGAGGAGCUUAGUGAGGAAGAACUAGAAAAAAUGCUUGAAGAGCGGUAUAAACCAGGCUCUAGUUUUGUUACAUUUGCCGAUGAUGCAUAUGAAUCCAAAGGAUUGGUUGAAGGGAAUGCAGUCAUGCCUUCUUCCAUGGAUCCGACAAUCUGGAAAGUCAAGUGCAUGGUUGGACGAGAGAGGCAUUCUUCUUUUUGUCUAAUGCAGAAGUAUGUAGAGUUGAACUCUCUGGGAAUUAAGCUAGAAAUAAUUUCUGCAUUUGCUCUUGACCAUGUGAAGGGUUAUAUAUAUAUUGAAGCUGAAAGGCAAUUUGAUGUUAAUGAGGCAUGCAAGGGGCUUUGUACUAUAUAUUCAAGCCGGAUAGCACCUGUCCCAAAGAAUGAAGUUUCUCAUCUGCUUUCUGUACGAAGUAAACGCAAUGAAGUUUCAGUGGGCACAUGGGCCCGAGUGAAGAAUGGGAAAUACAAGGGAGACCUAGCACAGGUUAUAGCUGUAAAUAAUGCACGGAAAAAGGCCACAGUAAAGCUGAUCCCCAGAAUUGAUAUGCAAGCAAUGGCUGAGAAAUAUGGUGGAGGAACUGCUUCAAGGAAGAAGACUGCUACUCCAGCACCAAGAUUGAUAAGCUCUACUGAACUUGAUGAAUUCCGACCGCUGAUCCAAUACAGACGUGACCGUGAUACUGGGCAAGCAUUUGAGAUUCUUGAUGGGCUGAUGUUGAAGGAUGGUUAUUUAUAUAAGAAAGUGUCUAUUGAUUCAUUGAACUUUUCUAGUGUAAUGCCUUCUGAAGGUGAACUCUUGAAGUUCGAGCCUUCUAAAAAAGAGGAAUCUAAUUGUCAAGAGUGGCUUACCCAGCUUUAUGGUGAAGAAAAGAAAAAACACACUGUGAAGUUUGAAAAGACUGGUGGGAAAGGCGGUGGUGGGAAAGGCGAUGGUGGGAAAGGAGAGGGUUCAUCAAGCUCUAGCAUGGCAAAUAGUUUUGAAUUGCAUGAUUUUGUGCUUUUCAAUCGGAAGGAUUUUGGGGUUAUUGUAGGCACAGAGAAAGAUGAUAAUUUCAAGAUUUUGAAAGAGGGUUCAGAAGGACCCAUGGUGGUGACUGUUGAACAGAAUCAGUUAAAGAAUGGGUCCUUCGAAAAGAAAUUCACUGCACUAGAUCAUCAGAUGAAGAUUAUAUCAAUUAAUGAUACUGUCAAGGUGUUGGAAGGUCCAUUGCAGGGCCGAGAAGGGAUUGUGAAGCAAAUUUAUAGAGGAAUAAUCUUCUUUCAUGAUGAGAAUGAACAGGAAAAUAGUGGUUAUAUGUGUUGUAAAUCUAAGUUGUGCGAAAAAAUUAAAUUUUCUGAUGAUGCACGUAAAGGGAAGGGUGGUGAAUCAGGUGCAGGCUUUGAUGAUUUCUUGUCAUCUCCCAAAUCCCCCUUGUCACCUAAGAAACCUUGGGAAACAAGGGAAAAUAAUAGCAAUUUCAAUCGAGAGGAUAAAGAUGGACUGUUCUCUAUUGGUCAAUCAUUGAGAAUUAGGGUGGGUCCUCUGAAGGGAUACCUGUGCCGUGUCUUGGCUAUACGUCGUUCUGAUGUCACAGUAAAGCUUGAUUCUCAGCAGAAAAUUCUUACAGUCAAAUGUGAGCACUUGUCCGAGGUUCGUGGAAAGAGCUCUGCAAUUUCCUUGGGAGAUGAUGCGGAAUCUGUAAAACCAUUUGAUCUGCUCGGAACUGAAGAUCGCUCCAGUGAUUGGAUGGUGGGAGCUGGAACAUCUGCAGAAGGAGAAAGAUGGGAUGCUGGAGGGCGCUCUACCGAAAGGAGCUCUUGGCCUGCUUUUCCCUCGUCAGCCUUCUCGGUUCAGUCAGAUUCUGAUAUCACCAAUCCUCUUAAUACUGUUGACGCUGAUACAACUAAAGAUGGGGGAGACACUGCUUGGGAGAGUAAAGUGACGCCAAAAAAGAGUUGCUCUUGGGGUAGUGCUGUGGCUAAUGAGAAAGUUCCUGGUAGCAGUAAAAAAGAUGGAGACUGGAAUAAAGCCAAGACAGUGGAUGGAGGUCAAACUGAAAGCUGGGGGAAUGUAUUAAAAGAUGAUGGUGCAACUGUUAGUGGAAGUGGUGGAUCCAGUUGGGGCAAAAUUUUAAAUUCUGAAGACAGAGACACUAGUAAAGGUACUUGGGGGAAUGUUCCUGAAUCCCAAGAUAAAAAUACUGGUAAGGGCACCAGAGAUGAUUCUUGGGGGAAAGCUAUUGAGGGGAGUAAUAAAAAUGAUACAGUUUGGAAUCAUUCUACCCCUGCAGCAGAGAGCAAAACUAGUGCAUGGGGCAAUGCUGGGGGAUCUUCUUGGAACAAACAGGAUGGAGGAUCUUCCUGGAGUAAGCAAGCUUCUGGAUCUACUUCGGGCAACCAAGCUGGUGGCUGUUCUUGGACUAGGCAACCUGAUUUGAAUCCAGGAGAGGAAUCCAAAGGAGGAGGGAGAGUACAAAAUGACAGUUGGGGAAGUGGUGGAUCCAGUUGGGUAAAAGAUAGCACCAGCAGUAAGACCACCUCAGAGGAUUCUUGGGGCAAAUCGGCAGAGAAAUGGAGCAAUAAAGAUGAUGCCAAUAGAAGCAAGGAAGUGUGGAAGAGUUCUGCAUCUGCCUCUGGAGGAACAUCAUGGAAUAGACAAGGUGCUGGAACUUCUUUGAGUAACCAAGCUGGGGGAUCUUCUUGGAGUAAUCAAGCUGGAGGGUCUUCUUGGACUAAGCAAGCCAGUGGGAACGCAGGAGAUUAUUCCAAAGAAAGCACUGUUCAAAAUGACAGUUUGGGUAAGCCUUCUGGUGGGGACCAAGGAUUUGGUGGUUGGGACAGAAACGAGUCUGGAAAAAAAGAUGAGGGUCAAACCAGUGGAUGGGGCAAUACUGGAGGAACAUCAUGGAAUAGACAAGGUGCUGGAACUUCGAGUAACCAGGCUGGUGGAUCUUCCUGGAGUAAUCAAGCUGGAGGGUCUUCUUGGUCUAAGCAAGGCGAUGGGAACAUGGGAGAUGAUUCCAAAGGAAGCGCUGUUCAAAAUGACACUUGGGGUAAGCCUCCUGGGGGGGAUCGAGGGUUUGGUGGUUGGAACAGAAAUGGGACAGGAAACAAAGAUGACACAAAUCAACAAGAAAGCUGGGAUGGGAGGAAAACAUUUGGAGGGCGUGGUUCAGGUGGGAGAAGGGGAAGAGGAGGCAACAGAGGAGGUAGAGAUCAAUUUGGCAGGGGAAGAUCAUUUGGUCGUGGCCAGUCUUCUGGUUGGAGCAAAGAAGGUCAAGACUACUCAUGGGACAAAGGAAAUGAUGGAUCAUCUUGGAGCAAACCUGUUGGUUCCCCAGAUAAAGAUGCCAGUGAAAAAUUUUGUGAAGCUUCAUGGUGCACCGCUCCAGAGUGGGGCCGUAGAGAUGGUCCUGGUGGAAGCAAGACUGCUUGGACUGAUUCUAUUGCUGCACCAGGAAAUCAAACUGCAGGAUGGGGUAAUGCUAAGUCUGGCCAAUCAGAGGGUGGUGGCUGGGAAAAAUCUCGAAGUGUGGAUGGAAGCAUGCAAAAGGAUGCCAGUCCAACAGAUUGGGGAAGUAGUGGAGGCAGUUGGGGCAAAGCUGUGGAUUCUCAAGAUAAAACCAUUGGCAAGGGAAUGGAAGUUGAUUCUUUGGAUAAAGCUGCAGAGAAGUGGAGCAGCAAGGGUGGUUCAAGUGGAACCAAGGCAUGCUGGAACAAUUCUAGUGCAAACACAGAUGGGAAUAGCUCUGGGGCUGCAGCAGAACAUAAGGAUCAGGAAUGGAGUAAUGCAGCUGGGACUUCAGCCCAAUUAGAAGCUGAUACAAGUGGCUGGAAGAAAGCUACUGGUGUGGAUGGAGGUCAGAGUUCUAGCUGGUCGAACAUGAAAAAGGAGGAUGGUGCAACAGGUUGGGGACGUGGUGGAUCCACUUGUAAUAAAACUAUGGAUUUCCAAGACAAAGGCAGUGGUAAAGAAAAUCAUGAAGGUUCUUGGGGCAAAGCUGCUGAGAAGUGGAACAAUAAAGAUUGGUCUAGUGGAUCUAAGGCAUCCUGGAAUGAUGGCGGUAAAGAUGGUUCUUGGGAUACAUCUGGAAGAUCUUCAUGGAAUAAACAGGAUGGAGAACGGUCUUGGAACAAGCAGGAUGGUGGUUCUUCCUUUAGUAAAGAAGCUGGAGGAUCUUCUUGGAGUGGAUCAGAUAGAGGAGGUUUUGGGGGAGGCAGAGGUCGAUCAGACCGGGGAGGAUAUGGAGGAAGGGGCCGAUCUGAUAGGGGGGCUUUUCGAGGUAGAGAGAGGUCAGAAAGAGGAGGUUUCGGUGGCAGAGGCAGGGGGAGGAGAGAUCAAAAUGAUGACUGGAGCAGCAGAAAUUUUUCGGGCGAGGACAAGCCCUAUGGGUUUGGCAAAGGUUCAAACAGUGAUGGGGGUUGGAAAAGUAAUGAUAGUGGAGGCAGUUGGAACCAAGCUGGAGGUAACACAGGAAAAACUUGGAAUUCUGAUUGGAAGCCAUCAAAAGGAUCUAGGGAAACUGGAGGUUCUGAUGCCCAAGUUGGGGUGGCUGGAACCAGGGAACUGGUACUGCUUCGGGCAGUGCCCACACAUCUGGGACCUGGAACAAGUCAAAUUCUGCAGAUAGGGUCCAGCCACCAACUUGGGAUGUCAAAGGAGGUCGUGAAGAUGGAGGAUCAUCUGAUCCAUGGGGGAAAGCAGGAGGUAACAAGGGUGAAACUUGGAAUUCUGGUUGGAAGCCAUCGAAAGGAGCUUUGGAAACUGGAGGUUCUGAUGCCAAAGCAGGUGGGGGAAAUCAAGGAACUGGUACUUCUUCAGGCAACACAUCUGUGACCUGGAACAAACCAAGUGCUGCAGAUAAGGUCCAAUCUUCUGGUUGGAAUCAGCAUGGGGAUGUAAAAGGAGCUAAUGAAGAUGGAGGACCAUCUGAUCCAUGGGGAAAAGCAGCAAGUAACAAAAGCGUAACUUUGGAUUCUGGUUGGAAGUCGUCAAAAGGAACUAUGGAAACUGGAGGCUCUGAUGUCCAAGCAGGUGGGUGGAACCAAGGAACUGGUACUUCUUUGGGCAGUGCAGGCACGUCUGGGACAUGGAACAAAUCAAAUGCUGCAGAUAGGGUUCAAUCUUCUGGUUGGAAUCAGCCUAAGGAUGUAGGAGCUAGUGAAGAUGGAGCACAAUCUGAUCCAUGGGGCAAAGCAGCCGGGAGCUCCUGGGGAAAGGGCAGUGGUGGAGGGACCAAAGGAGGCUGGUAAAAAUUCUUGAAAGGUAAAUAUAUCAUCUUAGGUUUCUCAUAAAGGGGCUGUAAAUACUGCUUUAUCUGUCUCUGGGGUGUUAUUUUGCAGAAAUGUUUUUCUUAUAACCAGCAUUAUGGUAACUAGUUGCAGACUUUAUCCAACUUUUUAGCGCCUCAGGUGCUGUUUAGGACCAUGUUCUGCUUGGUUUGUUUUGUUGAUGGAAUCUGUUAACUAUAAAACAAUUUGACAUGCC